UUGUCAUUGCCACGGUCUGUUUAGAGACGGCCGUGGUGCUUUUUCUCUUUGCACGAAAACAUGUGGCGUGUCUCUGUGGGGCUGUACGCACAAAGAGGAUACCACUCACAUUUGCCGCUUUACGUGGUGAACAUGGGGCGGUAUUGGCAGCGUUAGAAGUUGGACAAUCCCCUGUUUGCUUUAUUGCCGUGUAUUUGCCUACGAUGGUUUCCCACACAACGAUUUCCCCCCUUGCUUUGGCGACACACUGUGCGUUGAUUCAAGAGGUUCUUACUCACAUCCCUGGUGGUGUGCAUGGAGGCGUUCUUCAGUCAGCCCACGUCGGUAACACAAGUGACGGUCAUAAAGACACGAGACCGAGGAGGAAUGGGGCGGAAAAAAAUGAAUCCUUUUGGGAACUUCUCACACUGCGUCGACAAUCCUCCACGGUGGAUGGGCUGGAGUUUUAUGAUCAUGUCUUCUUGUUGGGCCACUGGGGGACACCGUUGCUUCUCUCUCCACCCCGUUCCGGAAAGCAGCUCGCAGCUGUGGCAUCAUCCGCGGCAAUAAGAAACGGAGGAAUGUCAAGCGGAGGUCUAUCGUCAAUUUUUGAGGAACUUUUCGAACGGCUUCGAUGUGUCGUUGCGGAAGAAAAAGAAGGGCGACACGACAAGCGGAAGGGUAAUGAGUAUUCUUCUUGUGGUCUCCCCUCCGUCAUACAGGAGCUUAUACGGGACCAUGAUGUCCUGACAGCAGUACGAGAGAACUUUUUGCUUCUCUCACGACGCUGUGGUGUGUCGGAGGCCAUGCCGCUGUUCCUUCCAUCCUCCAAGGUGGAGCCGGGGACAAUGCGCUACACCCUACAGAUGCUUCCCAACGCGACGGACGGAUCCGGAAGGCAGAUGGAUGUUCAUGAAGAAAAUGAAAAAGGGGGGCUUGUCGAUGGGGUUUUCUUAGCGUACCCAUCACGGGUUCUGUACAAAAAUCAAAUUGACAAACGUCUCCCUCAUUGGCGAGUGACACCACGGGCGUACGGCAGUGUCCCGCCAUUGUUCCCGGAUUUCCCAAGAAUUCUUAGGUUGCGUGAUGCACACGAACAUAUGGCGCCACGUUACCCACAACAAGUGCUUAAAACGCCAAGAAAAGAAGAGCGGGACAUGUUGGAGCAGGUGGAGGAACUCCUUUUAUCCGGUCACUUGCCCGUUUCCGCGGUGUUCUCGGUGCAUGUGUUACGACCCUCAAUUGGUGGUACGCUGUGGGGAAGUCAAGUGGCCGCCCAACCGGGGCCCACACAGAGUUGGUACCUGCGUCUGCGUCGCCUGGCAGUGCGGAUUCCGGAAGGACGCGAGACCACCGGAACACAGGCUAUAGGAGAAGCACGACGUCUCGCUAUUGUUGUGCAAUUUGUGCCCUUUCUCUCACAGCCACUUGUCAUCAUUGCACGCGAAAGGCCACCGGUGGAUGGAGUAACAGCGCUUUUGAUUUAUCGUCAAACAAAGUCAUGCUUGAAUUCAGAGAAGAAGAGUCUGCUGCCCGUAUCGGAUUGCAUCAUCGGUAACUACUCUGUGGAGCCACCGCUGCCAUUGACAUCAUCGCGGCCGUCGUUUAAAUUGCCUGAUUCAAAAGGUGAUUUGGGCUUGCCACGCCGAGAAUUAGGGACAGAAGCAGCAGCAGUUGCAGAAAUUGAGUUGCUACCACACCACGCUGUGGUUCUCGCCCAUGCCAAGAUGCUUCUUUCUGUCUUUGAAUACGGCUCUGAAUUGAAUGAAGUGAAGGCCGAAGCACGUUUGGUGGGGUCUGCAACGCUGCCCCUUGCUGAAAUUAUACAUGCCACGGUGGAAAAGGCCACAAAUCGUUAUUCUCACAAUAAAAUGCAAAGAAUGAAAAGCGAAGAAACGCUGGCGCAAAACGUUGAGUUGACGCCAUGGGAGUUGCCUUUGCAUCGCUGCGGACAGCGCGUAGGCACCUUGUGUCUGAGUUGUUCACCGCCCAUGUGUACAGCCGAUGCCACCGCGGGCGAGGAUUUGUUGUGA